AUCUAAACUGAAUUCAUUGUGUGGUUACAUUUCUAUCAUUUCAUCAUCUUCUUGGUACGGGUCCUCAGUCACAGUAUAAAAGCAGAAGGGUACUUCAUUGUGGUUCACAGGUAGCGUGACUGAACAGUGACUGCAAUGAACAUCUGUUGGUUUAUAACUAUUCUGCUACUUCUGCAUUCCUGCAAUCCAGGGGACGGCAUGGAUCACGGUAUUGUCGGGGGUCAUGUGUCCGUUCCACACAGCCGACCUUACAUGGUCUACAUUCAAGACUCAAGAACUAAAUCAGCGUGUGACGGUUUUUUGGUAAGAGAAGAUUUUGUGAUGACAGCCGCCCACUGCAAAAAAAGUCAUCUCAAGGUGUAUUUGGGCGUCAGUGACACAACUUUGUUACCCACUGGUAUAGAGGUUGAUUCCUUUCCACAUUCAAGUUUCGAGAACAAGCCCGGUAAUGACAUCAUGCUUUUGAAGCUUAAAACUCGAGCAACUUUGAACAAGACUGUGACUAUCAUUGACCUGCCAAAUCCUUGGAAUGACAAAAUCUUAAAGGACUGUUUGGUAAUGGGAUGGGGCUCGACGAAAUAUGAUCAUUAUUCUCCAUCGACAGUCCUGAGAGAAUUAAACGUGACUCUGAAAGACCUCACAAAUUGUUUUGAACCUGACGUCAUAUGCAAUGAAGACCCAUUCGGCCCUUCACAGGGAGACUCUGGAGGUCCUCUUAUCUGUGGCGGUAUCGCAAUGGGUAUCGUGUCUUUUCACAUGAAGAAGACCGAAGGAUACCUUACAGCAUACACCCGUGUUUCUCAGCACCUUCAAUGGAUUAAUGAAAUCAUGAAGAAAAACAACAUAUGAAAGGCUAAGCCAGAUAAACACAAUAUGUUUAACAUUAACGUCGUUUAAAAAAGAAGCUCUUCAUCUGCAAUGUAAUGUACUAGAUUCAAAUAAAACUUCAUCUUAUCAAAGUCUGUUGACUUUCUGUGGCUACAACCUACAUGAUCUGUAUCACGAGUAUUCACGUUACAGCUGGUCAUACUGCCACCUACUGGUGAAUGUUUAUAACACAGAUUCAAAUACAGUGAGUGGAGAAUUGAGCGUAUUCUUCAAUAUUCAACGGAAGUAGUAAAAUGACACCGAAGUAAAGAAGUUGUAACUUAAACUUGAAGAAGCUAUAUUAUAUUUUUCAGGUCUAACGUUCAUAGACUUUUGAUAUGAAGCCCUGAUACAACUCCUUCAGCAACCUCAAUCCAGAGGUCACGAUUUGUCAUUGCAUCAUAGUAAGGUUGUUUGGAGGACAACGUAUUUUGGGAAAACGUAAAUAAUGUCUAUAGAGCCUAUUGACUAGAAAAACUUGUUUCUCCCCACGGGUGUACAGUUUCCUCAUCACGAAAGUGUGGUUACGUUACGACAUCAGCAAAAGAUGCGAUGCCAGAUAAACUGACCAGAAUUUAAAGUGUGGUAAAGUUACAAUCUGUAUUCCUGGUAUGGGUCUUUUUGCAAAGCCUGCAAUGAACAUUUGUCGGUUUAUAACUAUCCUGCUACUGUUGCAUUCCUGCACUCCAGGUAAACACUUCAUGUAUGCUAUAAGUGACUUAUGAUAUCAAAAGAUCUCUGUGUGGAUAAGUCACAUUAAACCUUAGUUGCAACUUGAAAACAAUGACUGUUGUAUUACGUGGAAAAUGUCAUUGAAAAUGUUAUUGACUCAACACAUUUUUACAUAGCCUAUAAGAAACACAUGACUAUGCAUUUGUUUUUUCCUAUUUGUUUUAGUCAUCUGAAAGUGUAUUUGGGCGUCAGCGACACAUUUUUUACCCCAUGGAAUAGAGGUGGAUUCCUUUUCUCAUCCAAAUUUCAGGGACAAGCCUGGUAAUGACAUCAUGCUUAUGAAGCUUAAAACUCCAGCAACUUUGAACAAAACCGUGAGUAUCAUUGCACUGCCAAAACCUUGGAAUGACGACAUCCUAAAGGACUGUUUGGUUAUGGGUUGGGGCUUGAAGAAAUACGAUAAGGUAUCUCCAUCAGAAGUGCUGAAAGAAGGAAACGUGACUCUAAAAAAUGAUAAAAAACUGUUUUCCACCUGAUAUUAUAUGCCAAGACGGAAGAGUCGGGCCAUCAAGGGUAUGCAUUUUAUACGCUCUUACUUUUUCUGUUGAAUGGGAUUUUUUAAGGUAUAGGCCUAUUGUUAUUGCACACUGAUGUAUAAUAAUGGCUCGUUGAAUGUCAUUCACAGGGAGACUGGAGGUCCUCGUAUUUGUGGAGGACUUGCACAUGGCAUCGUGUCUUUCAACGUGAAGAAGACAUCUGAAGACUAUACGUUACAGGAUAUACUCGUAUAUCUCAGCACCUCCUAUGGAUUCAAAGGGUCAUGAGUAACCAUAAGUGAACAGGCAAAACCUGAUAAACUCUAUGGGGCCAGACUAAUUUAAAUGUUAGAGGUGUCGAAAACAACUUGUACUGACAUAUCUUAAAAUAUAUCAGCGCGAUUGUUUUGUCUCAAGAUGCACACCAGUAAUGUUUUUUUGUAAAGUAUGUUUUUAAAAAGACUUAAACAUCCUAAUUUAACUAAGGCCUAGUCCUGUUUUAAACUAAUCCCUGUCUGGGAAACUGCCCCAAUAUGUUUAACAUUUGAGCCAUUUAAAAAAGAUCUGUAUCUGCAAUGUUGUAGAUUAAAAUAAAGGUUCACUUUUAGCAUUCCUUCAAAGGUCUGUUGAUGUUUUUCUUUUCCACAUGAUAAAACGUAGCUAGAUAAUACAAAAACUACAGCUGGCCACCACUGGCACCUUGUGGUCGAAGUUUAAGACAUCCAAGAACUGCCAAGUAAGCAAAUAGACAAAAUGUCCAAUUAAAAGAAAGAGGCCUGAAAUAAAAUUCCGUCCCACCAAGUUAAUAAAAUACUGAUUUAUUAAAGUUCUAAAGUUCUUUCAAAACCUUUGUUUUCAGUAUCCCCUUAAGGAUUGUGUAAGUUAAAUGUUUCUAGAAUGGUUUGGUAGUUUUCAUGCUUUUAGAUUUGUGCCAAGUUGCAAAAUGUACCACAGGUGGGGUAAAAUGCCCCAACUCUGGCAACACGAUUUGCAUAAUACAUUUACAGUACAAGCAGUUUUAGCUUAAAAAAAUCAAACCCAAAUUAACAGUAAAUAAACACGAAUGAACAUGAAUUAAUGAACCAUGCUGAAAAUCAGUCAAAUAGUAAAUAAACGAGAAAACAGAAUAAAUCAAUCAAUAUUUUUUACUACACCACUUGGUUAGAUUAGAUUUGAUGGAAAACCAAAAGAUGUGAUGUUCAAAAGGUGGUAAUGCAGUAAUAAAAUGGCAGCGGGAUUUUUACCCCACACUGGGUUUUAAAAAAAUCAUUCUUACGUUUUCAUAAAUAACAGGUAGUCCCUAACUACAGGAUAACUACUAUAUCAAGCCAGGUUUUGAAAAUUUCCGUU